CAGUGGUAAGGGAGGGAAAAGGGAAGGAGGAGGAGGAAAGGUGAAUUGGAUGCAGCGAAGCCUCUAGAUCGUUCUCUCUCUCUCUCUCUCUCUCUCUCUCUCUCUCUCUCUUUGUGCUCGAAGAGGGAAAUCGUAGAUCUGUUUUCUUUCUAUCUUUCUCCCUAUCAUUCUUUUGAUCAGAAGAAAAAUCAAUGGGGUUGUGGGAGGCUUUUCUCAAUUGGCUACGCAGCCUUUUCUUCAAGCAGGAAAUGGAGUUAUCUCUGAUAGGACUUCAGAAUGCUGGAAAAACUUCCCUUGUAAAUGUUGUUGCUACUGGUGGGUAUAGCGAGGACAUGAUUCCCACGGUGGGAUUCAAUAUGAGGAAAGUAACAAAGGGCAAUGUUACAAUUAAGUUAUGGGAUCUUGGAGGGCAACCUAGGUUCCGCAGCAUGUGGGAACGUUACUGUCGUGCGGUUUCUGCUAUUGUUUACGUUGUUGAUGCUGCUGAUCCAGAUAACCUUAGCAUAUCAAGAAGUGAACUUCAUGAUUUGCUGAGCAAACCAUCAUUGAGCGGUAUCCCUCUGUUGGUGUUGGGGAACAAGAUUGACAAAGCGGGGGCUCUGUCUAAACAAGCGUUGACUGACCAAAUGGAUCUGAAGUCAAUUACUGACAGGGAAGUUUGCUGCUUCAUGAUCUCAUGCAAAAACUCGACCAACAUUGACUCUGUUAUUGACUGGCUUGUCAAGCACUCCAAAUCAAAGAGCUGAGAACCUACUUUCUGCUUUGAACUCUAAUGUAAUUUCUCGGUGACACAUUUCUGGAUUUACUAGAGGCAUGUUCAUGUCUAACCUGGUUGAUGAUUGAUUUAUUCUUCCUUUUUCCCCCAUGCUUUGCAAUGUAAUAUAAUUCUUAUUUUAUAGGCAAUUAAACGGUAUGACAUACAUGUCGAGGGUUACUUUGAGUAAAUCAUAUUGUGUAUUGACGGUGUAGCUAUAUCAUAAAAAAUUCACAGAACUGCAUUUGUGCGAGGAAUUUAUGCUUGUCUUUGUAAAUUAAAUAG